GAGUUAUAACUGAUUGCCGUCCUAGUUGGGCUGUGUUUCAUGUAGUGAUUGUAAUUAGGAUCCUCGUUAUCUCUGUGUUCUCCCCCCUCACCCCUGGGUGUGUGGUACAGUCCGGGGUGAGCUGUCUCAGAGCGGGUCACGUGUCUCUCUCCUUCCCUCCCGCUCUCUCUCGUGAUACAGCCGCGUCUCCGGGGUUUUCCAUACUCCUGUGGUGCAUACCUGACCAAGAUGAGGACAAGGAAACACCAGAGCCCGGUAGAGUCCGGUUGGGUGGACAAACACAAAUGUGAGAACGGAACUUUGCUUCCUUGUGAGGCCCAGGCAACGGCUGCCAAGAAGGGGAAUGAUGCCACCAACGGCAUUGCCCAGCACGAACCUAUGGAGAACGACCUUAAGAAAGUCAACGGUAAAAAACAGAAGAGGAGACGAAGGUCUCCCAAGAACAAAGCUGUGAUGCCCAAGGUGGACAAUGUGCUGUUUGGCUUAAUGGCGGACGCAGUGUGGCUUGAUAAAUAUUUGUACGAUGAGGCCGAAUGCGGCUAUCAUGCCAAGCUUGCCGCAGUGCAGCCCAAGGUGUUGGAGAAUCGUCCUCAUGUGAAAGUGGCUUCCGUUAAGGAAGUAGCAGCGACAAAGAAGCCUACAGAGAACUGCACCCACAGCGCUAUGACGGCUUGUCACCAUGUGGAUAAUGGAGUCUGGGUUAAUAAGUUCAAUUUUGAAGAUGCUGAGAGCCAGUUCAUCGUGCAGUUUGCAUCUCCCCUUGCCCCUCGAGCCCUCAACCUCAACCUGGUUCCUCAUGACCGUGCAGCGAUUAGAUCCACCCAGAGAACACCCGAUGAAGGGUAUUCUAGUGCGACUCCAACUCCAGCUGCCCGGGACGGGUUGACCAUUAAUGAAGUCAUUGAUUCUGAGCCAACGGUCAACGGAAAGCCACACUGGGCAGCCAUACAGGACCUGUUGUCUGAGGUGUGGUUGGAUAAGUCCCGGUAUGACCAAGCGGAGCAAUGCUUCUAUGAGCACGCUGCUAAUUCGCAGGCGACAUUACCGCAUCAAUCCAACCUCAAUUGGAGCGUGAAUUCUGGAAAAAAGGGAAAGCGGGACAGAUACAAUCGUAAGUCUGCCGGAAGGCAGCCGUCUAACAAAAAAGAUCUUCCCAGUAUUCCGGAGGAGACCGCCGUGUAUUACCCCGCGUACUUCCUCCACAGCGGCAGCGAGAGCGUGUGGCUUAAUAAGACUACUUACGAUCGAGCCGAAGCGUGUUUCUAUGCCGCUCAAGAAAUGUCGGUUGCUGUUAAAUCCAGCCAGACCAUUGUAGCCAAAUUGCCUCGGCCAGUAAAACCCAAACAUCAGGACAAGAACAGAAAAAUGGCAGCUUCUUGCUUGAGCACAGAGAAGAUCUGGUUUGACAAAUACAAGUAUGACGACGCAGAGAGACAGUAUUAUGAAGACCUGAGCAAUGCCGGAACCAACGCUCACAUUCAGACACAGCAGGAGGACGGAGCAAGCACAAUCCUCAGGGACAUUGCCAGAGCCAGGGAGAAUAUCCAGAAAUCGCUCGCCGGAGUGAGUACCAGACCUCACCAGCAGGAGCUCAGGACAGUGCUGCAUAGUCCUAAGGAAGGCCCGACUGCCCCUCCCCAGAGACAAUCGGGGUCCUGUACUAGCACAGCCGCAGCCCCCAACAGCAAUGGAGACAGCGGUGACCUCCAGGACCGGGUCGCCAAUCUAGAACACGAGAACCAGCAUUUACAUAAAGUGGUGAAGGAUCUGCAGCUCGCCAUCUCCAAGCUGGAAAGCCGGAUCGGUGUGCUGGAGAAAAAUGCUACCUCAGAAAAGGUGGAAAUAAAAUUUCCGAUUUUGUGCGAAUUGCCAGUCCCAGAACCCAACAGAGCUUGUCCUCCCAGACCGGCUCCUGAACUCAAGAAAGAGGUAGAAGAGGAUGACGAUGAUGAUAUUGACUUGUUCGGCAGCGAUGAUGAGGAAGAUGCAGAAGCUGAGAGAAUCAGAGAAGAGAGACUAAAGCAGUAUGCAGAGAAGAAAUCCAAGAAGCCGGGACUCAUCGCCAAGUCCUCCAUCCUGCUGGACGUGAAACCAUGGGACGACGAGACGGACAUGGCGAAGUUGGAGGAAUGCGUUCGCACUGUUCAGAUGGACGGUCUGCUCUGGGGCUCCUCCAAGCUGGUUCCUGUGGGCUACGGCAUCAAGAAGCUGCAGAUACAGUGCGUGGUGGAAGAUGACAAAGUGGGCACCGAUCUCCUGGAGGAGGAGAUCACCAAGUUUGAAGACUAUGUGCAGAGCGUGGACAUCGCAGCAUUCAACAAAAUCUAACAUAACCUAAAGGCUGGACUGAUCAACAAAUAAACGGCAAUGAAACCUCC